UUCCUUCCUUCUGCAGUCAGUAACCGUCGCUCCAACCACAACUACUGCUCCCGUCAAGAUAGACAGAGAAACAGAGAAACAGUGAAGAUGGUGUCCCAGUGCAGGCAGAUGUUGGGCUUCUCCCUCUGCAUUAUAGGGUUCCUCGGCAGCAUCGUCAUUUGCGCUCUGCCCCAGUGGAGGGUGAGCGCGUUCAUCGGCGCCAACAUCGUGACGGCGCAGACCUUCUGGGAGGGCCUGUGGAUGACCUGCGUGAUGCAGAGCACGGGUCAGAUGCAGUGCAAGAUCUACGACUCCAUGCUGGCCCUGCCGCAGGACCUGCAGGCCGCCCGCGCCCUGGUGGUCGUCGCCAUCAUCAUCUGCGUCUUCGGCAUCCUCCUGGCCAUCUCUGGGGGCAAGUGCACCAACUUCGUGGAGGAUGAGGCGUCCAAGGCCAAGGUGGCACUGGCCAGUGGAGUGGUCUUCCUCAUCGCCGGUGUCAUGGUGCUCAUCCCCGUGUGCUGGGCGGCCAACACCGUCAUCCAGGACUUCUACAACCCCCUGGUGACCAGCGCCCAGAGGAGGGAGCUGGGCGCCAGCCUCUACAUCGGCUGGGGUACUGCGGUCUUGCUCCUGCUGGGAGGGGGUCUGAUCUGCAGCAACUGCCCGCCCAAGGAUGAUAACGACUACCCAGUGAAAUACUCCCAGGCCCGCUCAUCCGCCACCAGCCGAGCCUACGUGUGAGGAAUGAUGACCGAAGGGUCAAUGCCUAGGAGACAUUAAUAACCUGGUUCCUUUUGUUCAGAGAAUCUUUGCCAGUGUACACAGAGGUACUCGUGAGAGUGAAGGGAGAAUUAACCUGGACUUUGAUGAAAACAAGACAACAGAAGUGCCAAAGCUAUUAUUUCCACUAGUUAAAAUUGCCUCUAAGACUAAGGAAGUGCAAAGGUGUGGUAUCUAUUUUAAUCUUUUCUUGCCUGACUUCCUGCUUGGCAAACUGAGGAUCUAAUCUGAGAUCUAAUUUGUUGAUUGAUAUAUUGGAGCUGAUUUGAAAAUCAGAAUUACACUUGCGGGUAGAAAAUGCUGUGUGUGUGUGAAUGUACAGUAUGUGUGUGGGAGUGGGGGAUGGGGGGAUGAGCGCCCUGGUCAUCAUCGCCGUCAUCAUCUCCUUCGUGGGCAUGAUGCUCACCUUCAUCAUGACGUUCGCUGGCACAGGGUCGUACAUGCCCAACAAGCCCAAUGCCGCACCACCUUACGCGGCACCCAGGCAGUAUCUCUAACAACGUGGACUACAUGAAGAUGACAAGACUUGUCCGUGGGGUUUGCUGAUUAUUUAUGGAUCAGCGAGUUUUUGAGCUGCACUGGAGAGCCUUUCUGAGAGAGUGUUUACUAUUUACUCUUUCUGAAGUGUGUUGUUUGUGUAUCUGCUGAGUAGUCUUAGCAUGUUGGCAUUGUGUAGAGAAACAAAAUGGUGUGUUAAAAUGGCGUAGCAAAACCUCAAAUGUUGUGAUGUUGUCAGGUUUAUGAAAGGUAUCCAGUGUCAUACAAACAAGUUUGCACGAAUUUAUACUCCUGUUGAAGUGACAUUUUCAUGACAAAUGUAAAUAGAAAACUGUAAAAAGAAUGCUGAAUUGCUCUUGAUGUUCAUGUAUGAAGUGUGAUCUGUAUUAUUAUGAAAAUUAUUUGACAAUAAAUCAUAUUUUAUAAUA